AUGACAGCACUAUACACGCUAACGCAGCCCCAUCCUAUCUAUGCACCAUCUGGGUCAACUUCUGCUCCUACUGCCUGGCCACUUCAAGUCUACCGCGUGCACCGCACAAGCUCUCAGACUCGAUACUCCUUCUCCACAGGCUUCAGUUCUAAGAACCAAACCACCAUCGUCAACUACACCUCUGCACUGUCUCGAUUUGGCCUUGCCCACCUCAAUCAGCAAACCAACAUCUCCUCUCCCUUCAUCAGCGUCUAUGACAACCUAGCUCACGCAGAGGCAGUAGCCAAACACUUUGGUGAGCGGUACGGCGAAGAUACGUGGGUCGUCACGGUGGAUCCGGCCCACUUUGCUCGGGGUCCAGUGUUUCGUGCGAUGGAUAUACUAAAGGACAGUGCUGGUGGUAAGGAUGCAAAUGCCGAGUGGCUGCAUUAUGGGGAGUAUCUGGUCAUGUAUCGCAUCCCACCCCAGGCGAUACGCGAUGAAACGCCUGUUUGCCGGGGUGCGGAUCAGCGGUGGAGAGCUGUCGGCGUCAUUGGCGGUAGCAAGUAG